CAGGAGAGCUGAGCCCACCAGAGAGUAACUCGGACGGCUCCCCUGCUCUGAGGAAUCUCACUCCAAUAACUCGCUGUUCACUCAGGGGUCCUGACAGCUAACCGGAGGGGAUCAAGCUGGAGCGUGUGCAGAGCUCCUGGUUUUGCUCCUCGGGACUGCCGUGUCUUUCUCCGCUGACGUAUUACAGAAUCCUCUGUCGGCCGCAGGCUGGAAGGGAGCCAAGGGGGACAGAGGGACAUUCGUCUCUAGGUGUAACAGGCCGGCUGGCACCGCACGGUCCGCCUCUCCAAGGCGGCGGUCAAUGGAGGCUUUGUUCCUGCGUCCAUCCCUGAGCAGAAUCCUAAGCCGAGAUGUGCCGAGGUGACAGGAGGAGCCGUGCAUUGUGACUGGACCACACCCCUUGACUCAGAGGCACCGUCAGCACACAGCCCCGUGCAGAAUGGAGUAAACAGAAACUUCCAGGCAUCCCCACACCCCCUCUGAGGCAACGCAGAAAUCAGAUGCUCCGUGAUUAACCGUGGAGAGUUCAGGACACGACCACAAACGCUGUGCGGACUUGAAAUUAGCUGCCUUUUCCCAGUCCCCUUGCCAAGAUGGGAGUGGGGGGUGGGACGUGCAGGGGUGGGGGCCCCGCCUGCUGGGGGCCAGCAUGGACUUCUCCCUGGCGGAGCUCAGAGUGACACUGACAGGCAAUCGGCUGCGUCCAGAGCUGCAGGCAGCAUCCGGGACGAGCGGGGCCCCGGGCGGGCUUCCUGGAACCCCGACUCCAUGGCCGCCUGCACCCUGACACCCGCCAGAUAAGAGCUGGGCUGUGGUAUCAGAGCCCGGCAGAGCGCCGUCCCGCAGCUGCGCAAGGAGGACGGGGGACAGCCGGCUCCGGAGGUGGGCUAUCUUCCCCAGGGCCAGCGGGGCGGUUUCCCGGGUCCCAGCUCAUCUCCUCGAGCCCCCGGCGGGUGGGAGCCACGCCGGCUUUGGUGAUUGAGGAAGCUGGGCUGCUCCAAGAAGGAGGAGGCAUGACUCGAUCCUGAACUUCCAGCGCUGCUUGAUGGUCACGGCCAUGUCGGUGAGGGUGCGGUUCCUGUCCUCGGGGGACGCAGGGGCCGUGGGGGUCGUGGGCCGGAGCGCCUCGUUCGCAGGCUUCAGCAGCGCACAGAGCCGCAGGAUCGCAAAGUCCAUCCACGGGAACUCAGUGAGAUCUCGGAUGCCUGCGAAAUCCUCCAAGAUGUACGGCACACUGCGGAAGGGGUCUGUGGGCCCCGACCCCAAGCCGCAGCAGGUGAAGAAGAUCUUCGAAGCACUGAAGAGAGGCCUCAAGGAGCAUCUGUGCGUCCAGCAGGCCGAGCUGGGGUACCUGUCAGGACGCCACAAGGACGCCCGCAGGAAUUCCAGGCUGGCUUUCUAUUACGACCUGGACAAGAAGCAAACGCGCUCCGUGGAAAGGCACAUCCGGAAGAUGGAGUUUCACAUCAGCAAGGUGGAUGAGCUCUACGAGGGCUACUGCAUCCAGUGCCGCCUGCGCGACGGCGCCUCCAACAUGCAGCGUGCCUUCUCCCGGUGCCCGCCCAGCCGUGCCUCUCGGGAGAGCCUGCAGGAGCUGGGCCGCAGCCUGCAGGAGUGCACCGAGGACAUGUGGCUCAUCGAGGGGGCCCUGGAGGUUCACCUGGGCGAGUUCCACGUCAGGAUGAAAGGCUUGGUGGGCUAUGCACGCCUCUGUCCUGGAGACCAGUACGAGGUGCUCAUGCGCCUGGGCCGCCAGCGCUGGAGGUUGAAGGGCCGGAUUGAGUCGGAUGACAGUCAGACCUGGGAGGAAGAGGAGAAGGCCUUCAUCCCCACCCUGCACGAGAACCUCGAGAUCAAGGUGACAGAGCUGCGGGGCCUGAGCUCGCUGGCGGUGGGCACAGUGACAUGUGACAUCGCCGACUUCUUCACGACCCGGCCGCAGGUCAUUGUGGUGGACAUCACAGAGCUGGGCACCAUCAAGCUGCAGCUGGAGGUGCUGUGGAACCCGUUUGACACCGAGAGCUUCCUGGUGUCGCCCAGCCCCAUGGGCAAGUUCUCCCUGGGGAGCAGGAAGGGCUCCUUGUACAACUGGACGCCCCCGAGCACCCCCAGCUUCCGGGAGAGAUACUACCUGUCUGUCCUGCAGCAGCCAGCACAGCAGGCCUUGCUGGUGGGUAGGCCGAGGGCCACCUCCGUCCUCAGCUGCCUGUCUGACAGUGACCUGCAGGGCCCCGGCCUGCGGAGCCACAGUCAGGAGCUGCCUGAGAUGGACUCCUUCAGCUCCGAGGACCCCCGGGACACUGAGACCAGCACAUCAGCGUCCACCUCGGAUGUGGGGUUCCUGCCCUUGGCCAUCGGCCCCAACGCCUCCAUUGAAGAGGAGGCUCAGGAGGACCCCCCGGUCCUGGGCCUUCUGCCAGAGGCGGCCCACCUGGCCGGAGGCUCGCGCGUGGAGCCGCCUGGCUGGAGGAAUUUGGGAGUAGAGAGCCCCACCCUGCCACGGGGCUCCCCAUUCCAAGACCACAGGAUCUCAGGGAGCCAGGAAGGCCCCGAUGAAGGAGAAAUCAGGCACGGAGCGGACGGGCCUGGGGGGAGCCUUGAGGGGCCCCUCCAGGAGGUCCUGGACUUACUGGGAUCCAUGGACUCCACCCAGCCCCGGCUCCGGGAGCUGGAGUACCAGGUCCUCGGCUUCAGGGACCGGCUGAAGCCCCGGGUCGCCUGCCAGGAGCGCGCCUCCACCGAGAGCCUGCUGGAGUGCGUCCUGGAGAGCUUCGCCUUUCUCCACGCCGACCUGGGUGCGCGCCGUCUGGCCCUGCUCGGGGGCUCCCCGGGCCCACGGAGGGACGGGACGCCACCCCCAGCGCCAUCGCUGCAGGCGUCGUCCAGGGAGCUCACGGCCGGCACCCUGGAGCUGGACACGCUGCUCACCAUACACCUCCAAGUCUGCAAGGCUCUGCUGGAGAAACUGGCCUCUCCUAAUCUGUCGAGGAUGGUCCAGGAACGCCUUCUGGAAGAAGCUGCACAGCAAAAGCGGGUUCUGGAGACGCUGUCUGUGAUUGAUUUUGAGAAGGCCAGCAAGGCGGCAUGCGUUGAAGAGAUCCUUGCGCAGGCCGCCCAGAGGAAGGGGUGUCUGAGGCUGUGGAGGGGGUGUGCGGGGCCCAGCGGGGUCCUGUCCUGCCCUGGCUCGGCACUGCUGCACCAGCUCAAGAGGACCUUCCUGCGCCGAGUCCGAGCAAAGUACCCGGGACAGCUGGAGACAGUGUGCCGCCGGCUCCUGGAGCAGGUGAUCAGCUGCGGUGGGCUGCUCCCCGGAGUCCGGGCCCCUGAACAACAGACCGUCACCUGGUUCCAGUUCCACAGCUACCUGCAGAGGCAGAGUGUCGCCGACCUAGAGAAGCACUUCGCCCAGCUCACCAAGGAAGGUGGGCUGGGGGCGGCAGUCACGCUUGUCGAGGAGCUGCAGUGCACAGGGCAGGUCAAGACGCUCAGGAAGCUGCAGGGGAAACGGCUGGACCAGCUCCAGCCCCUACCCCAGACCUUAAGGGCCUGGGCACUGCUCCAGCUGGACGGGACCCCGCGGGUGUGCAGGGCAGCCAGCGCUCGCCUCGCCAGCGCAGCCAAGAACAAGAGCUUUCGGGAAAAGGCUCUGCUGUACUACACCGCCGCCCUGGCCGAGGACGACGCCAAACUCCAGCAAGCCGCGUGCGUGGCACUCAAACAUCUCAGGGGCAUCGAAAGCAUCGAUCAGAUCGCCAGCCUGUGCCAGUGUGAGCGGGAGGCUGUGCGAGCGGCGGCAAGGGAAGCCACUCUGUCAUUCGGUGAAAAGGGCCGCUUAGCUUUUGAGAAGAUGGACAAACUUCGCUCAGAACAAAGAGAAGCCGCCUUUUGCCAGGAGGCAGACGUUGAAAUCACAGUAUUUUAAGCAGCCUCAGCUGAUGAGCUCAGAUCUGGCAUCUUCGUGUUUGCUGCUGCCCAGCCUCGACACAGGCACCGAGCUUCGGGGGUACUGUGUGCUCCCCUGGAAGCGUGAGCUGCUCCCCGAGUCUCCAGAGCAGCUGCAGAGCCCCAGGGCACACGGGAGGCUUCUGCACAGGAGCAGAAAAAAGUGACGCCCAGCACUCGGAAGGCGGCACAGCGGCAAUCAGAGAUGGGCUUUGGGCUCUGAGACUGUCUGACCUUCCCUGGAUGCAGAGCUCGGGCGGGCCAGCCAGCCAUGCUAUGGAGGGGCCGAGGCCAGACAGGCUGAGGCCUGGAAGAAAAGGCUGCAAGACGAACGGGCUGAACUCGAGCUCUCGCGGGUCAGUGAAGACUGAUUGAGGCCUCGAGCAGGCCGGCUGACCUUGUCAGGAGGGUGUGGUGGGUCUAGUCAUUUCAGCAGCACAAGCUGUCCCCCGGGUGAGCUGCAGAAGGUGGGGAGAGGCAGAGCCAGGGUUUCUAUGAUGCACUUUUUAACAUGAGCCUACAGCAUGCAUGCCACAGGGGAGCCUGGUGGCAGCCUGCUGACCAUGGACCUUAUUUUCACUGUUAAAAAGCACAAAUGAAAGAAGAAAAUGCCACCGGCCAAGAUGCCUUGGGUUUCAUGUCAGCAGCAGCAUUUGCUUUCACCUCACUCAUCAAAAUGGAAUCCAGCUUUCGAAGCACGUCCACUUAGGGCCGUUAAAUAAAUUGCUUCAGAAGCCAUGAGCUGGUCUGAAGAGAGAUUUCACUGAAGAACAUGUUUAAAGAAAGAAAAUUAGUUGCCUAUUUAAGUCUAUUAAAAAAUCUCAAACACGU